AUGCACGCCCUCGCGGGCGCGCUGCGCAGGGGCGGCAGCCUGCGGGGUGCUCUGCUCGCCGGGCUGGGCAAUGGCGCAUCGCUGCGGAUCAGCAGCAGCGCGGCGGCCCAGGCGGCGCCGGCGUCGUCGAGCGGGAAGCCGGUGCUGAUGAAGGAGUUUCUGGUGUACCGCUGGGACCCGGAAACGCCGGAGAAGCCGGCGUAUAAAUCGUACAAGGUGGACGUGAACAGCUGCGGGCCGAUGAUGCUGGACGUGCUGUUCAAGAUCAAGGACGAGCAGGACCAGAGCCUGGUGUUCCGGCGAUCCUGCAGGGAGGGCAUCUGCGGCUCUUGCGCGAUGAACAUCGAUGGCACCAAUGCCUUGGCGUGCUUGUCCAAAGUAGACAAGAGUGCAAGCCAAGCAACUAAGGUUGCACCGCUGCCUCACAUGUAUGUUGUGAAAGACUUGGUGGUCGACAUGAGCAACUUCUAUGCUCAGUACAAGGCGAUCAAGCCAUUCCUCCAGAAGAAGAGCAUGGACAGCGGGGGGCAGGAGUGGUUCCAGUCGAGGGAGGACAGGGUGAAGCUGGAUGGGCUUUAUGAGUGCAUCCUGUGCGCCUGUUGCAGCACAAGUUGUCCAAGCUACUGGUGGAACCAGGACAAAUACCUGGGACCUGCAGUCCUCCUGCAGGCAUACAGAUGGGUUGUGGACAGCCGCGAUGAUGCCACACAGGAGCGCUUGAAGUAUCUGGAUGAUGCCUACCGCGUGUACAGGUGCAAAACCAUCAUGAACUGUGCGACAGUGUGCCCUAAGGGACUCAAUCCCGGAAAGGCCAUUGCCAAGCUCAAGCAGAGCAUCCACGCCGAGAAGGCCAUAUGA